CUUUUUUCCUAUCGAGUUAUUCCCACAAAAAACUAUCACCAUGGAUAACCUCCCGCCGCACGUUAUUGACGCCAUCGUCUCGUACACUAUCGGACAGGACAAAUCGAAAACUGAGCUCCGGACUGACGCCAAACCGCUUGCUGUGCCGCAUACUCUGUACCCGCUGAUGGGAAUUUGCCGUGAAUGGCGACGUGUCGCUAGUAACUUCAUCGGCGAGUCCGCUAGCAUCUUCGUCAAUUCAAACCUCCCAAACCGCCAGAACGGUCCUGAGUACGCGCAGCCUCUUGGAGACAUCAUUACUGUCGGGCUCGAACACCAUGUUCGUCAUUUGCAGCUUGAGUCCACUAUCGGGGACAUCGCAGACGGCAUGGCAUACUCGACGAUCAGCUCACUGCUCAGCCUAUGCAAGGGCAAGCUCAAGGGUGUUCAGACAGUAUCUCUCCGUGUUUCAAUUGCCCAUGAACCCGGACAGCAGCACUUUUUUAUGAUGGGACAGCCCAUGGCUGACCAACAGGAGCAAACGAACAUGGAGAAAGAGGUCACUCAAAAUUCUAGGCGUAUUGGCGAGCUGCUGAAGGAGGCGAUGCCAAACAUCAUUUCGGUGGUGUAUUCUGGUGUGCACCACUCUAGAUUCAACAACCAGCCUCUGAACAACGCUAUUCUGUCAGCGUUGCUGAGUGCUGCGCCAUCAGCCCAGUAUCUGAGCGUUCUUGGAGGCGAACUGUCGUAUACCACUUUGGGAGGUGAGCUAGCACCCAAUGUCAAGUACAUGCACGUUAGCCUGAGUAAUAGCGCUAGCAACGGAAUUCCUGAGCUAGCUAUUCGCUUUGCAGACCGUCUAGAGACACUGACUGUAGAUACCUCAGACUAUGAACAAUUUAGUAAACUGUUCAAGGGUCCAGUGGACGGAUUGCCUGUGGUGUACUCAAAGCUACGUACGCUCAAAACGUCAGGGGAAAACAGCUACACUCUCCAGAUCAACCCCUUCCCGGAGCUGCGGCGGCUCAUAUGCAGGGAUAUAUACCCAUUCACCACCAGCCAUGUGCUUCGUUGGAUCCAGCCCACUGUUGAGGUGAUGGAGGUUAAUUUCAGUGACCACUUUUAUAACCAGUUUGUCGAGGACGGUGUGUUUGAUGCUGGCUCGUUCCCAAAUCUGCGCCACGUCAACCUGUCAUGGUCUCAGGACUCUAGCCAUAUCUCGAUUGCUGACCCAUCGUCCGAACUCCCCCGUGUGCUAUCACUCAGCCCUGUUCUCGAGAAGGUCGUUUUCGAUACAGCCAUCUCCAGUCCCAGCACUGCAGUUGCUGGCCUGUAUCGGUGCAAGCAUCUGAAGAAACUGAGCCUGGGUGGCUCUCGGACUACCAUUGCCGAAGCGAUCCAACUGAUCAAUAGGUUCCCAGAAUUACGGGCACUGACUCUCUCUCUAAAGACCAGCAAUGACGUGAACGAGCGAGGUGACAUUUCCGACGCCGAAAUCAAGGCGUUCCAAGAAAAGAACGUAUCACAAAGUAGCUCCAAGCUCAGGACACUGGGAAUCAGCACGUUUGUUUUCACCACACGACCGCGUGCUGCGCAGCACAUCCUGCUACUGGCUAGUAUAUUCAAGUCUAUCGGACGCAUCGAGGUCCACAGUCUCAAUGAGAAGCGCGACACAGCAAUUAUGGCGGCAUUGGAGGAGGCCAAGGAGCACAGCAACUUUGAUGGCGAUGGAGACGACAGAAUUCGAUGCAUGAGAGUUGCACUUGUUGGAGAAUAGAGCGGCUAGAUAUGGAGCGGAUGAGAAAAUGGUCAGCUUGUGCAUGCCUUUUAACUACCGAAGAUAGCUGUAUAUACUACUCGACACAGCUCGGGUUGAUAGUGUAAAACUGUGCGACUAAAACAUAAUCCUUUGUCUACUUGUUGGUGCC